UGCCUUUACAAGAUGGCGUCGCAGUGACAGGUUUUCGACUUGUAAAAUAAUUAUUGAUGGAUAUAGUCUGUGGCUGUGGCAUCCAUAUUGUCAACAAUGGCUGCUUCAGUGCAACAUACUCAAGGCACGGGUCUGGUCUACGACGAGAGGUUAGCUCGCCAUUUCCAUGCAUGGAAUGAAGACUUUACCGAGAAGCCAGAGAGGAUCCUGGAACCGUUCGCCAGGUGCCAGGCUCUGGGACUCGUUAACAGGUGUUGCAGGAUACAGGCCCGGCCAGCGACGGAGAGUGAAAUACUGAUCCUCCACAGCAGGGAUCACAUCCGCUUGUUGAAGGAGACCAGCUCCAUGUCUGAAGAACAACUUAAGAAUCUCUCGCAGAUGUACGACUAUAUCUAUUUCCACAAUCAUAUCUACAAAAGUGCUCAACUUGCCUUGGGAGGUGCAAUAGACUUGGUGGACCAUGUCGUCACAGGCAGGCUGCGAAAUGGAAUGGCUAUCAUCAGACCCCCAGGCCACCAUGCAAUGAAGGAAGAGUUUAAUGGCUACUGCUACCUCAAUAAUGUUGCUGUGUCGGCAAAACUGGCCCUUGACAACCACAACCUCAAAAGAAUUCUCAUUGUAGACUGGGAUGUCCACCAUGGCCAGGGUAUACAGUCUUUCUUCUAUGACGAUCCCAGAGUAAUAUAUUUCUCCAUCCAUCGCUACGAGCAUGGCAUUGAGUGGCCUCACCUACGAGAGUCAGACUACGACUGUGUGGGGGUGGGAGCUGGGAGGGGCUACAACAUCAACGUGCCACUAAAUCAGGUGGGUUGUGACAACUCCGAUUAUUUGUCCAUCUUCCAGCAGAUUCUGUUGCCAGUUGCAUAUGAGUUUAGGCCCGAGCUGGUGAUAGUUGCGGCUGGCUAUGACUCGGCUAUUGGGUGUCCUGAGGGUGAGAUGAAGGUAACACCGGCCUGCUUCGCUCACUUCAUCAACCUGUUGUCACCCAUUGCUGCCGGCAAGAUCUGCUUGAUACUAGAGGGUGGCUACUGUACCGAGUCCCUGUCUGAGGGUGUGGCUCUAUCACUGCGGGCCCUACUGGGGGAUCCCUGUCCGAGGAUUGAGAAGACGCACCAACCCUGUCUAAGUGUCAUGGAGACAAUACUGAAUGUUCUGAAGGUGCACAGACAAUACUGGCCAAGUCUCUGUUACCAAGGAGUUCUCUCCCUUGGGGAGAAGCCCUCAAUACCAUCUCUACUGCGACUACCUCCAGCUCCAGGUAUGACUUUACGCACAAUCGGCAAAAAGUUGGGCGAGAUGCCCCUGCUACAGGACUGUUACGAUGUCACAGAGCAUGACAUGGUGAAGGAGGCCCUCUGUCAACAGAUAGAUGAUCUGAUACGAAGCACAGAUCUGCACAUACCCAAACACAAGGUGAGUCUUGUGUAUGAUGGGAAGAUGUUGCUGCACCAUGACACAACAAGUGGAGGUUUUGAAGAAAAUCCUGAUCGGCUGAUACAGAUCUGUAAGAAUCUCAAGGAUCAGAAUCUAUGGGACAGAUGUUUUCAUGUGCAGGGCCGACCUGCCACAGAGGAGGAGUUAAAGUUAGUACACAGGGAGGACAUGGUGAAGAAGGUGAAGAAAUGUCAAAACAUGCAAGAAGACACACUGGCCAAAUUCCAGACUCUCUUCAAGUCUGUAUAUCUCUGUCAGGUAGGUCCAUUCCAGACUCUCUUCAAGUCUGUAUAUCUCUGUCAGGUAGGUCCAUUCCAGACUCUUUUCAAGUCUGUAUAUCUCUGUCAGGUAGGUCCAUUCCAGACUCUCUUCAAGUCUGUAUAUCUCUGUCAGGUAGGUCCAUUCCAGACUCUCUUCAAGUCUGUAUAUCUCUGUCAGGGAACCUACGAAGCUGCCAGCUACGCUGUGGGGAGCCUACUGAACAUUGUCGACGCAGUCGUCACCAGGGAGGCUGAAAGUGGCGUAGCUGUUAUAAGGCCGCCAGGUCACCACGCGGAGUCUGACUCUAUGAUGGGUUUCUGUAUAUUCAACAAUGUGGCCAUAGCAACCAAGUAUGCACAGAAACAUCACAACAUUGGCAGAGUGUUGAUCAUAGACUGGGAUGUUCACCAUGGUAACGGCACACAGUCCACAUUCUACACAGAUCCCAGUGUACUAUACAUAUCCCUGCACCGCUUUGAGUCGGGGUGUUUCUACCCCAAUGGUGGCUGUGGGGCCCUGAACAGGGUUGGGUAUGAGGAGGGGACAGGAUACAAUGUGAAUGUCCCAUGGAGUGGGGGAGUCAUGGGAGACGGUGACUAUAUAGCAGCAUUUCAGCAGAUCAUCCUGCCAAUAGCUUAUGAGUUUGAUCCUGACCUAGUGCUGGUGUCGGCAGGAUUUGAUGCUACUUGUGAUGACCAUAUGGGAGGAUACAGAGUAAGUGCCCCUUGUUUUGGUCACAUGACUAGUAUGCUGAAAGGUCUGGCUGGAGGAAGGAUUGUCCUGGCACUAGAGGGCGGUUACAACCUGGAGAACACAUCGGAAGCAUUCGCCUCUUGUGUAGCUGCUCUACUGGGGGAUCCCUGUACACAGUUACCUCCCCUUACACCAAGUUCAAGGGGUGUGGAGUGUAUAUGCGAGGUGCUUGACGUUCACAAGCAAUACUGGAAGAGUCUUCAAUGCAGGACACCCCUCCCAGCAUUUGAUAUGCUGGUCCAGCCUGAGGAAACCCCGGAGAAGGAGCCCACGUAACCUCUGCAGGACAUCUAGUACAUCUUGUACAACAUCAUCUGGAUAUUACUUGUACUGGAAUAUAUACCACUCAACAGAAGUUAGCGAACACCUGAUUCUUCCAUAUCAUUAUGCCAUGACUGAUUAACUACAGUCAUAUGAAAGAAUUGGAUGGUCCUGAACAUCUUUUGAGGGAUCAAAUGGAUCUGUUGGACUUAUAGGAUCAUAUUUUAGUGAGGGCAAAAUUGACUCUGCUAUUAUUUUCCCUGUUAAAACAGAGGAACAAUCUUUUUCUCAUUCGAUAUUAACAAGUGUUUUUUCAUUAGCUGUAGACAUGCAGUUUAUUUUAUUGAUAUUAACAAGUGUUUUUUCAUUAGCUGUUGACAUACAGUAUAUUUUAUUGUUAGUUCCAAGUCAUAGUAUACUCAUUUGUGACUUAACAAUUUGUUUAUCUGACGGUUGCUUCGAACAAUAUGAUAUUUUGAACAAAUAGAACCAUCUAUUUGUUAUUCAUGAUCACUGGGCUUUACUAGACUGGUCAAGUCACUUUUGGCUUUCAUGCCACAUUAAUCUGACACACUGAUGAUUACAUACGAAAUACUGCUAGACCCUCUGUUAACUCUGGAGUAGUUUAGCCCAGCGGUUAAAGCAUUCACUUGUCGUGAUGAAGGCCUGUGUUUGGUUCCCCACUUUGGUACAAGGUCUGAAGCUUAUUUCUGUUGUCCUGCCAUGGUUUUGGUGGAAACUUGAUAACAGCUGUGUUUCCCUGAUGACAUUUCACGAUAUAACUGAAAUACUGUUCAAAGCUGCAUUAAGCCCAACUUACUCGCUCAGUGCAUGAAUAGCCAGUGUUUUUUCGGCAAUGUGGUGACAUGAUAGGUGCUACAUUUCACUUGUAUUUGUUUUGUUGAUGUAAAGUGUGAAUAACUGGCAAUCUCAUUAAAAUCAGAUCUUAGUUCUCGCUGCAGCUAAGCAAAGAUCUGAGGACAUCCCAUUACAGGUCACGUCAGACCGA